AUGCCAGGAUUGUUUUUUCCCCACAACAACAUGACAGAAUUAAAUGGAAAAGACGACUACAAGCUUGCAGAAGGCACAAUCCGUAAAAAGAAGCAAAAGACUUUUGGCGCAGAUCUCAAAAAUUAUUUGAAGUGCAUGGUACCACGUAUCGAAUCUGGGAUCAAGACUUCUAACUCCAGAAGUGUCAUGCUUUCUGCAGAGGAAGUAAUACAGUGGUCCCAAUCUUUGGAAAACCUCUUGGCCAGCCAAAGUGGUCAAGGUGUCUUUCGGGAGUUCCUGAAGUCAGAGUUCAGUGAGGAAAACAUCGAGUUCUGGUUGGCUUGUGAGGAUUACAAGAAAACCAAGUCUGAUCACUUACAUGGUAAAGCAGAAAGAAUUUAUGAAGAGUUUGUUCAGUCAGAUGCUAUUAAACAGAUCAAUAUUGACCAUCAGAUGAGGGAAGCAACAGCCAAAAGGGCUCAAGACCCAACUCACACAAGUUUUGAUGAAGCCCAGAAAACUGUGUACAUCCUCAUGGAAAGGGAUUCAUAUCCCAGAUUUUUGAAAUCCAAAGCCUACCUGAACCUUUUGAAUCAGCUGCAAAGCAGCUCUUCAAAAUGA